AUGUCAGUGCCAGGUGCCGACUUGCAGGAGCGCAUCGCCGCCGCUCGCCGUGAGGCCGACGGCCUCAAGGAAAAAAUCCGCGCAAAGAAGGAUCAGAUGGCCGACACCAGCCUUCGAGCCAUGGCCAACGACAUCGAGCCUUUGCCACGUAUCGUUAUGAAGCCCCGUCGCACCCUCAAGGGUCACCUCGCCAAGAUCUACGCCAUGCACUGGGCCAACGACAAGCGCCACCUCGUCUCGGCUUCGCAGGACGGAAAACUCAUCGUUUGGGACGCCUACACCACCAACAAGGUCCACGCCAUCCCACUCCGCUCCUCGUGGGUCAUGACCUGCGCCUACGCCCCCUCGGGCAACUGGGUCGCCUGCGGUGGCCUCGACAACAUCUGCAGCAUCUACUCGCUCCGCGGCCGCGACCCCAACAACAUCAAGGUCGGCAGGGAGCUCUCGGCGCAUACCGGCUACCUCAGUUGCUGUCGCUUCCUCAACGACCAGCAGAUCCUCACCUCCUCCGGCGACAUGAGCUGCAUCCUCUGGGACAUCGACUCGGGCACCCGCAUCACCGAAUUCAACGACCACACCGGCGACGUCAUGAGCAUCUCCCUCAGCCCCAACCCCAACGUCUUUGUCUCGGGCGCCUGCGACGCCAUGGCCAAGGUGUGGGACAUCCGAUCCGGCAAGGCCGUCCAGACCUUUGCCGGUCACGAGAGCGACAUCAACGCCGUCCAAUUCUUCCCCAACGGCGACGCCUUUGCCACCGGCUCCGACGAUGCUUCGUGCCGCCUCUUCGACCUGCGCGCCGACCGAGAGCUCAACACCUACACCCACGACAACAUCCUCUGCGGCAUCACAUCCGUCGGCUUCUCCGUCUCUGGCCGCAUCCUCUUUGCCGGCUACGACGACUACACCUGCAACGUCUGGGAUACGCUCAAGGGGGAGCGCGUCGGUGUGCUCGCCGCCCACGAGAACCCCACGCCCUCUAUCUUCGGAAGCCACACGCGCGAUCCAGACCUUUGCUGUCGCCAUAUACCCAUCCCUUUUCCCACCACCACCGAUCGCUCUCUCUCUCUCUCCGACCGCAUCGGUGCUCACGACAGACGACGGCGGCAGCCGAGCCUCAUCACGGGCGGCACACCAGUGCAAGCCCUCUAUGCGUACUCGUCGCGUCGUCCUCCGCUCGAACGCGGCCUAGCGGGUCCUCACCGCGGCUUCCCGCUCCCUCGAGACGCCCCCCGGAUGGCGACUAUCUGGCGAGGGGUCGGGCGGACGAGCUCUCGACUUGGCAUGCCUGCCUUGACGGUUCCGACUCGAACGAUGGCAUUCCAACGAGGCUUCACUUCCACCUCCGUACGGGGUUCUGAGGAUAAGCGCGCAGCUUCUUCCAAGAUCUUUUCUCUCGAAGAGGUCGAGGCGGGAAUCAAGGCGUUGGAAGACGCAGGGUACGAGCGGGCAAGCGUGUGGGAGCAGCGCGUGGUAUGGGGAGACCACGACCAGUUCCAGCACGUCAACAACGUCCACUUUGUACGCUGGUUCGAAAACGCACGCAUGUUCUUCGCCAACGCCAUGCUCGAGUCGGACAACUUCACCCCGGAACGCAAACUCGAAAUCACAAGAGGUACAGGAAAGUCGUUCAUCCUCGCCGGUAUCAACGUCAGAUACAGAAGACCAGUCGUAUAUCCAGACACCGCAUGUGAGCUGCCACUCGGUAAGGAUCGAUUCAUGCUCCGAGGCGCAGCAUACUCGUUGGCACAAAAGACCAUCGUCGCCGUCUCGGCACAGGACUGCGUCACGUACGACUAUACCCAGCUCAAGAAAUGCGACAUCCCUCAGGAUCUGCGCACCGCCCUCGAGAAACGCGCCUCGCACUUUGACAAGAAGCUCUAG